AUGGCUCCAGUUUCCCGGCCCCGGUAUGCCGAGGACACUCCGGGCUCUCGGAGACGACGACGGAGCUCGUCCGGGAGCCCGCCAUCCACUCAGUCCAGACGCUCCCCUUCGGGCGACCGUUCCCGCUCUCACUCCCGCGGCGGUGAGGGCCUCAGGCCUCCGUGGAGUGAGUUGGGCGGGGGCGCUUCCUGGCCUCUUAGCCGCUCUUGGUCUCGAGAGCCGCCCCCAGGGCUCCGCAACUACGCCUUCUUGUCCUCUUGGGUCUCUUAUGACGAAUACCGCUACCAUCACCACCACUGUCCGGGUAACUGGCAGUGGGUAGAAGACUAUGACAAGGAGGAGGAAGAGAGCUACCGCCAGAGGAGGCUGAAGGAGAGAGAGAGGAUUGGGGAGUUGGGAGCGCCUGAGGUGUGGGGGUUAUCUCCAAAGUUUCCUGAGCCAGAUUCUGAUGAGCAUACCCCAGUUGAGGAUGAAGAGGUACAGAAUGAGAAGAGUUGUUCAGUUUCUAGCGUGGAAGAAAAAAAGAAAAAGAAGACGAGUCGUUCAAAAAACAAGAAAAAAAGAAAGACUAAGUCAUCUAAGAGAAAACAUCGCAAAUAUUCUGAAAAUAGUGACAGUGAUUCAGACUCUGACAUGAAUUCUAGCUCUGAUGAUGAUAAAAAGAGAGUUAAAAAAGCCAAGAAGAAAGAGAAGAAAAAGAAAUGCAGAGCAAAAAAACUCAAGAAAAAGAAGAAUAAGAAGAUUAAAAAAGAAUCCAGUGACUCAAGCUGUAAAUACUCAGAAGAGGAGUUGCCAGAAGAUACCUGGAUUGAGCAGUCAAAGAGUGCAGAUACCAUGGAUUUAAUAGGUCCAGAAGCACCUAUAAUAUAUGCCUCUCAAGAUGAGAAACCUUUGAACUAUGGUCAUGCUCUGCUCCCAGGUGAAGGUGCAGCAAUGGCUGAGUAUGUAAAGGCUGGAAAACGUAUCCCACGAAGAGGUGAAAUUGGGUUGACAAGUGAAGAGAUUGCUUCAUUUGAAUGCUCAGGUUAUGUCAUGAGUGGCAGCAGGCAUCGGAGAAUGGAGGCUGUACGGCUGCGUAAGGAGAACCAGAUCUAUAGUGCCGAUGAGAAGAGAGCCCUUGCAUCCUUUAACCAAGAAGAGAGACGAAAGAGAGAAAAUAAGAUUUUAGCCAGUUUCCGAGAAAUGGUGUACAGAAAGACAAAAGGGAAAGAUGACAAGUAAGGAUUUGUUUGUUACACAGCAGGACUUUUAACAACAAAAGUCUUUUAUGACCAAAAGUAUCAAAAGGCUUUCCAGUGCUACUGUACCUACAAUGUUAAUAAGCCCCUCAGAAAAAAGCUGCAUUUUGAAAUAUCUCUAGCAAUUUAUUUUUUUCUUUUAACUUUAAAAAGUAACAUGUGCACAUGGUUUAAAAAAUAUUCAAACAUUACAGAAGCAGAGUUAGUAACAAGUGAAUCCUUCAUCCCAGUCCCUGACUCUUCUCCCCAAAGAAAUCUCUUUUUGGUGCCUUCUAUAUCUGUCCAUAAGUUAUGUGUGUAUACAAGGGUAUAUGUGGCAAGAUAGGGUUAGAGCUAUUAAAGUUUUUUU